AUGAACAAUGGUGGUUUUGGCGACGGCGGUAGUGAGGGUAGUAGCUUUCCAAAAAAUAAUAAUUCUGGUGGGAAUGGGUUUGAUAAUUGUCCGCAACCUUCAUCUGAUCGCUCUCGUAGCACAAAGGUGUCCCCAUUCAAGCUGUUAACAGGGCUUGACAUGCGUGUGGAAAAGCAGAUAGACUUGAACGAAUAUAUUGAAAAUGAGGUAAUCAAAGAGCUAGAAACAGAACGCGACCAGUGCAUUGUGAUAAUGGACAGACAAGCAGUACUGACACUGAACAUCAGGGAAUUGCAGCAAGCACUAUGUGAACUAAAUAUUUCCACUACUGGACGUAAAGCAGACUUGCCAAAGAGACUGUUGUUGCACCAUGGACAUGAGACACAAGAAGAUGAUGAAAUUGCUGACUCAGUUAGUUCCUACGACGAUGUACCAAAUGCAAAUUUUACUGCCGCUGUGGCACCGAUAGGUAGAUCUGUUUUUACGUUUAAUGAUAUCCAAGAAAGCCUAACACAAUUUAGUGGUGACGAUAAUAUCGAUAUUCAGCAAUGGAUAAAUGACUUUGAGGAGAACACAUUAGUAGUAGGUUGGAAUAGUGUGCAGAAAUUUAUUUAUAGUAAGCAGUUGCUGAAAGGAGCUGGCAAAUUGUUUAUUAGAAGUCAACGAGGCUUGGUCAGUUGGGAAUCACUGAAAGAAGAAUUGAUCAGUGAAUUUGGGAAAAAAGUGUCGUCGUCAGAAGUGCAUAGUCAGUUGAGAAGUCGCGAUGAUAAGCGAACUUUAUAUGGCGCGGGCGCGGAAGAAUUUUCAACAUAUGGUAGUGUUGUUGCAGAAUUGGAGGUUGAUGGUUUGAAAUUCUUACAAAAGUUCCACAUCACCAGCGAAACCGCUAUUCCAUAUUCAGUAUUCAUAGGCACAUCAGUAUUAGAUAAAGUCAAUAUUAAUAUAAAGCCAGAAGGUGCAGAAUUUAUAGAGAGGAGUAAUGUUGAACAAGAGGUGGAAGAAAACCGCAAAGAAAAAAGGAUAGAGUUAUUAAAAGAGUUUCAGGAGCUAUGUUUGAGUGCAGGGGAAUAUAGUAACGACGUAGUUAUUCAGGAAUUGAUAAACAGUUAUAAAUCAAACGAAAGGGCUUUGGCCGAUUUAUUGGGUCAGUUGGUGAGGGGUAAAAACAACUCAUCACCUGGAUACAGUAGAGGGAGAUUAGGAGGUAGUUGCGGCGAUGGCGGACGCAUAAAUAAUUAUGGAGGUCCAUCUAUGGGACCGAAUGGAAGUGGAGGUGGUGGGGGUUUAGACUCUUGGGGCGUAAAUGCACCGAAUAAUUGGAAUCAAGGUGGAAGUAGUGGUAGUGAAAAUAUGAUGUCAUUAACGCAACGUGGUGGGGGUAUGAAGAUGAAUAAUGGUGGUGAUGGUGGUAUGCCACAAGCAGGUGGCAUGAACGAUGGCUACGGUGGCAUGCAACAGAGCAACAAUUAUAUUGGUAUGUCAGGAGGUAAUCCAUGUGGUUACGGUGGGAUGUCAUCAAAUAGGGGAAUGAACAAUGGUGGUUUUGGCGACGGCGGUAGUGAGGGUAGUAGCUUUCCAAAAAAUAAUAAUUCUGGUGGGAAUGGGUUUGAUAAUUGUCCGCAACCUUCAUCUGAUCGCUCUCGUAGCACAAAGGUGUCCCCAUUCAAGCUGUUAACAGGGCUUGACAUGCGUGUGGAAAAGCAGAUAGACUUGAACGAAUAUAUUGAAAAUGAGGUAAUCAAAGAGCUAGAAACAGAACGCGACCAG